AUGGUUUCCCCAGCUCUAGAAGAAGAUGUUCCCAUACUAGACAUGGGAGAGCCAGCUUCAGCGACGGUUGCUGCCAUCGCAGAGGCUCAAACAAUAUCAGCUGAUGAGGUAGCUCUAUAUGAUCGCCAGAUUCGACUCUGGGGUAUGGAAGCUCAGGCACGAAUGCGCAAUGCCCACAUUCUCCUCAUCACAAUUCGGUCACUCGCAAACGAAAUUGCAAAAAAUCUUGUUCUGGCGGGGAUUGGCUCCCUCACAGUUCUUGAUUCGGAAGUUGUCCAUGAGGACGACCUCGGCGCACAAUUCUUCAUCGGAGAAGAACAUAUUGGCAUGAACAGAGCCGAAGCUGCUGCACCAGCUAUACAACGCUUAAAUCCUCGUGUACCGGUACAUGUAGACACAUCCAAACUUGAGACAAAAGGCUCUAGCUAUUUUAAGCAGUUUGACAUUGUCAUUGCAACUGAGUUGGACUUAGAUAGUUUGCUCUCGAUCAACUUCUCAACACGACAAUGUGGACGUCCUUUCUACGCGGCAGCAACCUACGGUCUAUACGGCUAUAUUUUUGCGGACUUAAUAAAGCACUCUUUUGUCAUUGAGCGUGAGAAAUCGAAUAUGAAGACAGAUCUGAAAAAGGAAUCAGCAACACGCACGGUCAUCGGAGUCACCGAAAAAAAGGAAGGCGAGAAGACCAUUGAGUUUGUGACAAAAGAAGAGGUUUAUACUCCUCUUGCACAAGUGCUCAAUUGUGAAAUCGACAAGACCUGGAAGAUAAGAAAGCGGAAGACUGUUCCAGCAGUCUUGCCAGGCGUGAGUGCAAUGUGGGCAUUUCAACAACAACACGGACGUCUCCCGGAAUGCACAAGAGACGAUUUUGCGGAGUUCACAAAGCUUCUGACAGAAGCUAAUCGCCAACUCAAUCUUCCCGAGGAAAUUGUCCAGUCCUCCUUCAUCAGCUCAUUCGUCGAGAACGCCACUUCCGAAUUGGCACCAAUUUCUGCAAUUCUUGGUGGCAUCCUGGCCCAAGACGUGAUCAACGUUCUUGGAAAACGAGAACAACCUUUACAAAAUCUUUUAGUUUUUGAUGGAAAUACUAGCGUUGGCCCAAUAUUUGCUCUGCAUCCUCAAGAUGAGGACUAA